AGUGAGACAUUGCUACGAUACUGUCACUUGCACUGUAGACUGUUGCUGACUAAAGGAAAUCAAUAAUUUUCCAACCACUAACCUCAAAAUGAGUAUUGAUUCGUGCUACGAAGGCAUUAUAGCCAAACUGAAUGAAAGCGGGAAAAUAUAUGAAGUAUCCAAAAAGUUGAUGACAUUAACAACCAAUGCAGAUAGAGGUUUGUAUGUAUAUGAUACCAUCAAAAGUCUGAAAUUGUUUCCUAAAGUGCUGGAAGUUAAGAAAUGUCAUAAAGUGUCUACUCAUUAUCGUAACCUUGGCAACCAAUAUUUCCAAAGGGGAAACAAGAACUUGCACAAGACAGACAAAUAUCAAGCUUGGCAGUAUUAUAAUUUAUCAUUACUCCAUGCUCCAUUGGAUUCUGAUAACUAUGCUCUAGCCUUAUCAAACCGAUCAGCAGUUUUUUUCACUCUAAAAAAAUAUGAUGAGUGUAUUAAAGAUAUUGAAAAAGUUUUUUCAAUGAAACAUCCAGAUAACCUUAAGGGAAAAUUGAAUAAAAGGAUAGCAGAAUGUAAAAGUUCUGUGAGUAAAAAAGGUAAUAAUAAUAAUGCACAGAAAAUUCAAGAAUUACUUGCAUUAAAGGGCCCAACAGAUGAGAAGUAUAUAUGUGCAAGUUCAAAAUUAAAAGUGGUCCAUUCAAAGGAACUGGGUCGCCAUGUUGUUGCCAAAGAAGAUAUUAAAGUAGGAGAAGUACUGGCCCGUGAACAACCAUAUUUUGCCCUGCUGCUCAAAAGUCAGUUCUUGUUUUUCUGCAACUAUUGCCUGUCCAUGAGUUUAAAUUUGAUGCCAUGUGAGACAUGCUGCUUUGUGCUAUAUUGCAGUGAUGAAUGUAAACAGAAGGCUUGGAAAGAAUAUCAUAAAGUUGAGUGUUCAUUAAUGGCAACCUUAGUUCAUAUGGAUUUCACAAAAUUGGAAUUACUGGGUUUAAGGACGGCGAUCAAGGCUCGUACAGACCACUCAGAUUGGAAUAGCCUCCUCAAAACCAUACGAGAAGCUGAAGCCAAUGAAAAUACAGAGAACCAAGGACUUGUUAAGGUAGAUGACAAAUGGGUAUAUGAUUCCAAAUAUUAUACAUCAAUACACAUGCUCAGUUCAAAUGUGGAUAAGAGAUCUCCAUCAGAUAUUUUCCAAAAAUCUGUGACUGCUGCUGUGUUUUUAUACUUUUUGUCUGAGAGCACUGAUUUUAUGAAGGUUGAUGGUGGAGAAGACACAGAAAAUGUAAGGAGGUGUGUUGCUGGCACACUACUUCACCAUUGCAUGACAAGUCCCACAAACAUGCAUGGGAUUGCUUCCAAUAUACAAAACGGUGAAGGCAUUUAUGUUAAAGAAUACAACAUAGCUAGUGCACCAUAUGCAUUCCACAGUCUAAUAAAUCAUUCAUGUGCACCAAAUGUUACGAGAGCUACUAAGCUGGGUUCCACUGAGAAGGUUUUAUUUGCACUUAGACCUAUAAAAAAGGGAAUGCAAAUAUUGGACAAUUAUGGAUACCACCAUGCUCUCGAAGAUCGUUUAAGUAGACAACAAGGCUUGAAGUUUCAAUACAAAUUCAUUUGUUCUUGUGAAGCGUGUGUCAACAACUGGCCCACAUAUUUUGGAUUAAGGUCAGCUAAUUUACCAGCACACAUACGAAAAAUGAAAGACCAGCUUCUAAGAAGGACCACAAUUGAGAAUCUACAGAAAGGUGAUGAAUCAACAGCGAUGGAGUUGUUCAAACCGCUUUGUGCGCUGGCUGAGUUGUUGGAGCCUUACGCUCCGUGUGCUGAGUUGGCAGACUGUCAAGAGACUCUGAAACAAUGCUGCGCCAUAUUUGAAGGCUUGGUCCCUUUCGGAUACGGUAACUUAGUGCCUUGGAGUGCCAUCCCGCCCAAAUGUUAGUUUACGUCUGUUUUAUUCUGUGCCAAACCAAAUUUAAAUUUUGUUAAGACAACCAAUAUUAACAACUUUAUUAUUUUGGAACUGGAGGAAGGUAGUAACAAAACAGAUAUUUCAAAUCAUUUUAUUAUCGCUUUUGAAUCUCUUAAUAAUUUAUUUGUUGUCUAAAUGAUUACACAUAUUGAUUUUCUAAAUAUCCUAAUAUAUAUUUACCUUUUAGAAUGUACUUAUAAUAUUAUGGAUCAUUGAAAAGAUUAUUAGCACUCAAAUUUUAAUGUUAAUACAUAUCAUAACAUGUUAUUAAUUCAUAUUUAAUAAGAUGAUGGUGCUAUAACGCGCCGCGCCGCGCGUACCAAGUCGGCGAUGCGUUGAACACAACACAAAAUGGCGGCAACGAUCUGACAAUAUUUGGCUUUUCCACAGUUAUUACGAAAUUAAUUGUUGCUUCAAAUAAAUUGAUAAACAAAGUAAUUUAUAGCAACUGUCCAAGUAUAUAUAUUUUUUUAUAUAUAUUACCCGCCCGGAUAGCAACCACUGUACCCAAAGUGUUAAAACCAGCCAUAGUGGCUCGCGUAAGUGUGUCGCGUUCCGGGAUCCGCCUGUGCAUAUCCGGUUCCAGCCGGCAUAAUUGUGUCGACUGCCGAGGGGUAAUAAUCUCCCGUCAGUCUUUAUUCUAUUGAAUCCCAUUCCACUUACUAUCAGGUGCAGUAUGGUAUUUGCUGUCACCAUAUAAAAAAAAAUGAAGCUACAAUAUUCGUUGUGGCCAUUUAACUUGUGUGUUUGACAUACAUUAAGUGUUGGAGCGGCACCUAAUUAAAUCUAUAAAUGCUUGAAUAUUUUAUAAGUGAUUGUAAUCCAUCCAAAAUUAUUAAUCAUUGAAAUGACUUAGCUAUUCAGUAAGACUGCAAGGAUUUUAUUUUAAACUUUUGAUAAAUAUUUUAACAUUGUAUUAUUACUAUAAGGAUUACAGUAGAUUUAAUUAGUCUUAAAGACAAUUUAUAUGUUUUAUAAAUGUUUAUUGGCGAUUCUAUUAGAUUUUAUCAUUUAUUAGUAGUUGAUACAAAGAAUUAAAAUUAUUUGCAAAGGGCCAACUUAAAUGGGUGCGUGUGGGAAAUAAAAAAAACUCAACCAAAAACCGAACGGUUAUUUAUUGAAGACGGGUGGUACAUAUUGAUAUGGGUAUAAACUUUGUAUGCUGUAGCAUAGCGAAAGCUGACUUUAUAGAUACCAGGUUACGGUUCAUAUUGAUGUAUCCAUAUAACGAUACAGUUAAUAUAUUAAUGCUAAAGUAUUAAUGUUACAAUCACAUUUUUCAACCAAUUUGUUUUACAAUUAACGCUACGUUUCGAAACGCAAUUUGAAAUUUAUGUUUAUUAGCUGCGACAUACCCGUUACCCUAACAAAAAUAUUUAGAAUCUAUUUUUCCUACCAACAAUUGUAUUGCCCUGUAAUUAACUAAUCUUUCACGAGAUUUAAUUAUAAAUAUUAUCUCUUGACAAGCUCGAAUAACUGCAAUUUCAGUGAACGAUCCCAAUCGCUUGUUUCAAGCGAUCUCGAGACUUGACCAAUCAGAAUAAAGCAUUUUGACAUACUUGCAAAUGAGUUAUUUUGAUUGGUUCCUUCUCGGAAUCGGAUUGAAGAUUGACAUUGGGAUAAUUUAUUAACAACGGUUGUUUAUAGCGUAUUAUAAAACAGCAUUAAAAAUAGCAAGAUAGUUCAACUGUUUUAUAAAGAUAAAAAAUCGAUGUAAUCGCGUUGGCCUUUAAGUUUUUCCUUUUAUAUUUAAUGUAAUUCUUAGACGGAAUUACUCAUUAUUAUACGUUAUGUCACUAUAAUACUAGAGUUUGAGUUGAAACCAAUGGUCGAAAUAUUUUUUAGGUUAAUAAUUGGUACAAAGUGUUUAUUAGUAAGUUUGAAUGUUGAAAUUAACAAAAUUGUUCCUAACAGCGUGCUUCCAAAGUUUGGAUUAAAUUUUCGUAUUUUAUUUUCAUCAAACCAUUGUUAAGUAUUAAGACCGUAUUAUUUUAAGUACGUACUAUUUUAGAAUUAUUAUAAUGUCAUAUCGUGAUCUUUCUUUCUCAAUUUCUUAUCUAAAAAAAAUUUUAGAUUUUCAAAUUAAAAUAGCUAUGGGUUAUGAUAAAUCCAAAUAUGUUUUCUUCGUAAAAUCGUUUGUUUAGAAAUAUUUUUUUAAUUAGUAACUUGUAAAAUAGUAAACUUAUUGCUAUAUCACAAAUUAGUGUUUUAUAUUGCUUAAAUUAUAUAUUUUGAGAUAAGAGAAUCGGAAAGUUACGAAAAGGUAUAACUAUAGUAUUCGAUGUGCCUUGAUUUGUGUUGAUUUUAAUGAAUAUUUUUAAGUGAAUAUGUGCAACAGCUUGAUAAAAUAUAUCCAAAAUUCUGGACAGCAUUAACUCGCACUAACUUUACACUAUAAUUUAUGUUUGUAACUCAAUACAAAGACACAAUUGAUUUUUAUCCAGCCAUCAAUUGAAUAGGCGAAAAAGUGUGAAAGAGACAAAAUUAUCAAACCUGCCUUAUUCGGUUGCAUCUUGAUUGGUUCUGAUCUUACAGGAAUAAUGUAUACAAACGCGUCUUUAUUACAAUUACGUCAGUAACAUAUUGGACGUUCGGUCGUCUCUUUCUGCACAUUGGUCAAUUUUAUAACUAUUCAGUCCAUUGUUUAUGCUUUUAGUAAUUGCUUAGUUUUUGUUAAGGAAUCACCUAGUCACCUGAAGUCAGUUUAAAUUUAGACGGAAUGUCAAUAUUCUUAUCGUGGUAGCAUAUGAAUAGUUUUUCGAAUUAUUUUGCGUGAUUUCAUAUUGGAAUACAUGUUUUAUUUAGUGCCACAAAAUCUUAGAUAUCUAUGGCAAUGUUACCUACUAAAAACAGUUUAUUUAAAAAAAACGGAAUUUAUUACAAGGCCAAUAUUAUUCCGCUUGCAUCUGAAUAUAAUUAAUCAAUAAUUAUUUUAUAAGCUUGCUUUUUAUAUCGUCUUUUACAUAUUAUAUGAUUAAUACUCAAUCUUUUUACUUUGUAAUCUAGUUCUUUAAUGGAAAUCAUUAUGUCUUGUUUGUAAACGUUUGAUAUUUUAAUUAAAUUCUAUUAUUGUA